AUUUGAGAGCCUUCCCAAGGUAAGCUUCAUGACCAGCCACAUGAAAUCACUGAAAUAUCUGGACAUCAGCAGCAACUUGCUGCGUCACGAUGCACCUGAUGUGCAGUGCUGGUGGGCUGAGUCUCUGACAGAGUUGGACCUGUCCUCAAAUCAGUUGACAGAUGCCGUGUUUGAGUGCUUGCCGGUCAACAUCCAAAAACUCUACCUCCAAAACAAUCAGAUCACUAGUGUCCCCAAGGGGAUGGCUGAGCUGAAAUCCUUGAAAGAGCUGAAUCUGGCAUCGAACAGGCUGGCUGACCUGCCAGGGUGCAGUGGCUUUACGUCCCUGGAGUUCCUGAAUAUAGAGGCAAAUUUGAUCCUCGGCCCAUCUGCCAACUUCUUCCAGAGCUGCCCAAGGGUCAGGGAGCUACAGGCCGGGCACAACCCAUUCAAGUGUUCGUGUGAACUGCAAGACUUUAUCCGCCUGGAGAGGCAGUCUGGGGAGAAGCUGUUUGGCUGGCCGGCAGCGUACGUGUGCGAGUACCCGGAAGACUUGCGAGGAACGCAGCUGAAGGACUUCCACCUGACUGAGCUGGCUUGCAAUACCACGCUCUUGCUUGUGACAGCUCUGCUGCUGACGCUGGUGCUGGUGGCUGUCGUGGCCUUUCUGUGCAUCUUCCUGGAUGUGCCGUGGUACGUGCGGAUGACGUGGCAGUGGACGCAGGUGAAGCGGAGAGCUUGGCACAGCUACCCCGAAGAGCAGGAGACCGUUCUGCAGUUCCAUGCGUUCAUUUCCUACAGUGAGCGUGAUUCCUUGUGGGUGAAGAACGAGCUGAUCCCAAACCUGGAGAAGGGGGAAGGCUGUGUGCAGCUGUGCCAGCAUGAGAGAAACUUUAUCCCCGGCAAGAGCAUUGUGGAGAACAUCAUUAACUGCAUUGAGAAGAGCUACAAGUCGAUCUUUGUGUUGUCUCCCAACUUUGUGCAGAGUGAGUGGUGUCACUAUGAGCUGUACUUUGCCCAUCACAAAUUAUUCAGUGAGAAUUCCAACAGCUUAAUCCUCAUUUUACUGGAGCCGAUCCCUCCGUAUAUCAUCCCAGCCAGGUACCACAAGCUGAAGGCUCUCAUGGCAAAGCGAACCUACCUGGAGUGGCCAAAGGAGAGGAGCAAGCGUCCCCUUUUCUGGGCUAACCUGAGGGCAGCUAUUAGC